CUCUGCCCCGCCCGGAUCGCUGCGGCUGCCCGGGGGAGGGACUCGGGAGUGGGGAGCGAGCCAGACGGUGGGACACCGAGGCAUCGGCUCGGACCCUGCCCGCGCUAAGAGGUCUAAGGGAUGAGCUAUCCAGGCUAUCCUCCCCCUGGAGGUGGCUACCCACCAGCUCCCCCAGGUGGUAAUGCCUGGGCGGGCACAGCCUACCCUCCCACCACCAUGCCUCCAAUUGGGCUGGACAAUGUGGCCAACUAUGCUGGACAGUUCAACCAGGAUUAUCUUUCAGGGAUGGCUUCUAGCAUGUCAGGGACAUUCGGAGGAGCCAGUAUGCCAAAUAUGUAUCCUGGAGCGCCUGGUGGAGGUUUCCCACCCAUUCCUCCGGGGGGUUUUGGGCAGCCCCCUCCUGCCCAGCAACCAGUGCCCCCUUAUGGAAUGUACCCACCUCCUGGAGGAAACCCACCCUCAGGAAUGCCAGCUUACCCAGGAUACCCCGGGGGCCCUGUGCCCGGCCAACCCAUGCCUCCUCCUGGGCAGCAGGCGCCAGGGGCCUAUCCUGGGCAGCCGCCAAUGACCUAUCCAGGGCAACAGCCAAUGCCGCCCCCUUGCCAGCAUCCAGUGCCGCCAGCAGGGCAACAGCAGCCGAUGCCAGCCUACCCUGGGUUCUCAGGGUCCGUCACCCCAGCUGUUCCUCCAUUGCAGUUUGGGAAACGAGGCACCAUCCCAGACGCUCCGAACUUUGAUCCUCUCAGGGAUGCGGAAGUCCUGCGGAAAGCCAUGAAAGGGUUCGGGACCGACGAACAGGCCAUCAUCGACUGCCUGGGAAGUCGCUCCAACAAGCAGAGGCAGCAGAUCCUUCUUUCCUUCAAAACGGCCUAUGGGAAGGACCUGAUCAAAGAUCUCAAGUCAGAACUCUCAGGGAACUUUGAGAAGACCAUCCUGGCGAUGAUGAAGACGCCGGUCCUCUAUGAUGUCUAUGAAAUAAAGGAAGCCAUCAAGGGAGCGGGCACAGAUGAAGCGUGCCUCAUUGAAAUCCUGGCCUCCCGAAGCAACGAGCACAUCCGAGAAAUCAGCAGGGCCUACAAGACAGAAUUCAAGAAGACUUUGGAGGAAGCCAUUAGAAGUGACACAUCGGGACAUUUCCAGAGGCUCCUGAUCUCACUUGCUCAGGGAAACCGAGAUGAAAGCACAAAUGUGGAUUUGUCCCUGGUUCAAAGAGAUGCCCAGGAACUGUAUGCAGCUGGAGAGAAUCGUCUGGGGACUGAUGAAUCCAAGUUCAAUGCCAUCCUGUGUACAAGGAGCCGAGCUCACCUGACAGCAGUUUUUAAUGAGUACCAGCGGAUGACAAACCGGGAUAUUGAGAAGAGUAUCUGCCGGGAGAUGUCAGGGGACUUGGAACAGGGCAUGCUGGCUGUGGUCAAGUGCCUCAAAAACACUCCAGCCUUCUUUGCAGAAAGACUCAACAAGGCAAUGAGGGGAGCAGGAACAAAAGACAGGACUCUCAUCCGGAUCUUGGUGUCUCGAAGUGAAAUUGAUCUGCUUGAUAUUCGAGCUGAGUAUAAGAGGCUCUAUGGCAAGAGUCUAUACCAUGACAUUACGGGAGAUACCUCUGGGGAUUACCGGAAGAUCCUGUUGAAGAUAUGUGGAGGCAACGAUUGAACCCAUGUGCUUGCCUUCUGAACAAGAAGAGGGAAAGGAAAGAAGCCAAGUUUGUUUCCCCCUCCCCCCUCCCCCCCAAAAAAAGAAAAUCCAGAUUUUUAUAGAUGUUCCUCUGAUUAAGUGAUGUCAGAACAUUCUUUGUAGAUUCUCAUUUCUGUCCCAAACCCUUCCCUUCUAUAAUGGCAUAUCACGCUGAAGGACUUUGAUAGCUGUUUUAGGACUUUCUCAGGAUAUAUUUUUUUUUUUUAUCCAUCACAAUGGCCACUGGCUUCCUGCUGCUGAAGUAGAUAAUUGGUUUUCUUUCUUCCUUCAUAGUCUCACAUGGUCCAUUUUCCGGUUGCACAUUCUGAGACUGCUGGCUUCAUUUAGACUUUUUAAAAUGUUUUGAAGCAAUGCUUGAUUUUUUAAAAUAGUUAUUGCCAUACGCAUGUCUUUUUAUUUGUUAAACCACAAACAUUUCUGGUGCGAGGGAUGACUGGUUCUCUGUGGAGGGGUGCCCUGUUUGAGAAGGGAGUGGGAAGGCAUUUAGAUGUAAUUUCAUGUGUCUAAAGGGAAUGUGUCAUGAGAACUGCCAUUGCCAAACACUUUUAUAAAAUAUAUAUAGAGGGAUUGUUUCUAUGUUGUGCCUUUAAGGCACAAAUCAUGAGAAUGUAGCAUCAGCUGCUAGCCAAUUACAGAAGCCCUUCUGUUUUGAUAUAUGCCUUAAACCUGAAUUAGUCUGUAAUUGAAAGCUGUUAUCAGAUUAAAGCCAUCUCUCUUCUAAACCUCUGGAAACAUCUUA